AUGCCCACUAGUACUGCGUACAGAACAGUAUAUAUACCUCGCAAUACACGUACAGAACGAUUGAUUGAACGGCCGCUGUAUCCAUCAUAUGAACAAUUAUUAGCGACACAGUGGAGUAAUGCUCCGCCGUACACAGUAAGCAGCACUGCAACCCAAUUAAGCAGAAACGCUGAGAACACUUCUGUCGUCAUAACACCACUCAGAGGCUUGAUUAUGGUAUUGCUGGGUGUAGGUGCUGCUUUGGCGAUUACCAUCCCAGUCACUGUUUCUCUUUACGAGAGUUCGUGUCCACCUAAAAAAUUCAACUUUCUUCAGAAAAUCGAAAAUUGA